CUUCAUCCCAGCUUCGAGCUCUCCGCUCCCGUCUUCCUCUGGCAAUGGCGGUCGCCUCUAAUUCCUUGGCUUCUUUUACCCAUACCUCUCUUAUUCAACCCAGAAGAGCCUCGCAAUCCUUUCCUCCUAUCUCCCUUUCUCUAUCGAGAUCUCGUUCUCUUUCCCUCAAACUCACUCAUGAAUCCAAUUCCGUCACACGUUGCUCCGCCGGAGGAAACACCAGCACGGGCGAAGACACUCCGAUUGAAUUAAGAUAUCCGGCGUUUCCGACGGUGAUGGACAUUAAUCAGAUCAGAGAGAUAUUGCCUCACAGGUUUCCUUUUCUGCUAGUGGAUAGAGUGAUAGAGUAUAAUCCUGGGGUAUCGGCUGUUGCUAUAAAGAACGUGACUAUAAAUGAUAACUUCUUCCCUGGGCAUUUCCCAGAGAGGCCAAUAAUGCCUGGUGUUCUUAUGAUUGAGGCAAUGGCUCAAGUUGGAGGCUUGGUUAUGCUGCAACCUGAAGUUGGUGGCUCCCGAGAUAAUUUCUUCUUUGCAGGAAUUGACAAAGUAAGGUUUCGGAAACCAGUCAUUGCGGGAGAUACUUUAGUUAUGAGGAUGACACUUACUAAGCUACAAAAGCGAUUUGGAAUAGCAAAGAUGGAAGGAAAGGCAUAUGUUGGAGGUGACUUGGUUUGCGAGGGUGAAUUCCUGAUGGCUACUGGAAGUGAUUGAGCCCUCAGUUUUGUUCUUCUGUUUUCUCCAGUUUUCUAGUAAGUUGGAAACAUGGUCUUCCCUCUUUUGUUUCCUAUGAGCAUCAGCCCUUGUGACAUAGGCUUAUUACGACCUAAGUAAUUAUUUCUUUUGCAUUUCAAAUAAAUAUGAAGAAAUUUUUGUUCUGCUUUUCCUUUUCUGAUCUCAACCUUAUGCCUUCCUAAAUGUAUGAUGUGUUGGGGUCUGAUAUUUACACAUCAACCUCAUUUCCAGUGAACAAAGUUAAGAAUUUAGA